AGUUGCCGGGGGGCGUCUGGGCCCCCCCCCCCCCGGACCCGAGGGGACCUGCCCCCCGGUAGUGCCGGGCCGCCGGGGCUCCCCCGGGCGACGUGACAGCGGCCGGUGUCACGUCUCCGCGGCGGGCAGGUUGCGAAAGGCGACUCCAGCGCGGCUUCCUGCUGAAUCACUCGAAACCCCCUUCCCGGCCCCGGGCAGAAAGCCCGCCCCUGCCCCGACGCCCCUCCGGGGGCCAGCGACCCCCCCCCGGGCAGCAGGGAGGCUCCGGAGCGCCCGUCACUCGUGUCACGAGCUGCUGGGUCUCAGCCUCUCGCAGGCGCCGCCGCUGCCGUGUCUGCCGAAAACGCCGCUGCGGGGGGGGGCACGAGUGAGCGGCACAGGCUUAUUCCCGCGUCCGGGAGCCGGAGCCAGAGCUGGGAGCGCUGGGGGGCAGCUGGGAGAUGGAGGAGAGGCCGCCCGUCCCGCAGCGACCCACCGCCAAGGUGGGCACGGCCUGGAGCCUGGAGUGGAGCCGUGCGGCGCUGGGUGCCGGCGUGGGCACCGUGGCGGCCUCCCCGGCGGGCAGGAUGGUGGCCGCGGGGCUGGACGCGGUGCUGAGCAAGUCGGAGGAGCUGCUGGAGCGCUACCUGCCCGGCCCGGCCGCCCAGCCCGCCCCGGCGGCCCUGGAGACGGCGGAGCAGCGGCAGAGCUACGCAGCGCGCCUGGGCGCGCUCUCGGCCGAGCUGCGGCACCGAGUCCUGCGGCGCCUCCGGCAGCUGGUAAGGCCGCGGCCGGACCCCGCGGGGCGCCGGGGCUCGUCCCGCUGCCCCCUUCCCGCUCCUCUCCCCCGUCCUUUGCAGGUGGACCGCGCGAAGCGAGGCACGGCCGGGCUGCUGCGGGGCGCCCGCCGGAGCCUGCACCGCCUGGGGCUGCGGCUGGACCCCGGCGAGGCCGCGGCACCGGAGGCCGCGGCACCGGAGGCCGCGGGAGGCACCCGGGCAGGAGGAGGCAUCGUGGCCGCCGCCGCUUCCCGGCUCGCCGCCUCGCGCCUGGGGGCCGCCUGCCUCGGCGCGGCCGCCCGCCUGGGGGGCCUGGGGGGCCUGGGGGGCCCCGGCGAGCCCCGGGCGUCCCGCGCCCGCUCCCUCGCCGCCCUGCCGGGCCUGGUGCCGGUGCCGGGCCGCGAGUGGGCCCAGGUGAGCAUCGAGGAGCUGCUGGCCUACGUGGCGCAGCACGCGCCCCUGCCCUGGCUGGUGGGGCCCUUCGCGCCCGUCCUCGUCGAGCGCCCCGAGGACGGGCCCGUGGACGUGGCCAAGUGGCGCGGCUGCCUCGCCGGCGGCCCCGAGGAGCGAGCGCCUGUCCGGCCCCGUUCGCCCGGGCCGGGGUCCCCCCGCGGCGUCCCGGAGCCCGGGGAGCGCCGGGAUUUCUAGUCCUCCCCGCUUGAAAGCGCUUUAAAGGAAAAAGCAACUCUUUAAGCCUGAAAA